AUGGAAAAUCUGGCGGAGAAGCCCGAAGUUAUAAGAAGGGAAGUGAUUCAGAAUUAUGCCAAGGGCUUUCCUCCUAUAUAUCUAGACGUUGUGCAGCACUCAGAUCUUUCAACAUUGACAUGGGCUCCAUUAAUGUUCAGGUACCCGUGGCAUGUAGUAUUGGGGAAUCUAGGCAAGCAAAACAUCAGGGUGGCUGGAGACGCCAUGCAACCCAUGACACCUGAUUUAGGACAAGGAGGUUGCAAGGCAUUGGAAGAUGCAGUGGUAUUAGGCAGAUACAUAGGGACAUCCUUCAUACAAAAUGGAAGACUUGUGCCAAAAGAGAUGGACAAUGACAAUGUGAUUGGAAAAUGCGUUGAAGAAAGAAGGUGGCAUGUCACGUUGUUGAUUGCAGGACACCAUAUUUAG